AGUUCAUCUACAGGUUGUCGCAUAGUAAAAGGCCGUCGUUGUAACCGACUCAAACCAUGGAAUCAGUAAAGAGGUGGCCAGCGACAUACGCCAAGGAUCUCAAGGUAUAGGUAUAUAAAGGCGCUCUCAGAGGAAAACCGCAGGAAAUAAACACCAAAGUAGAGAUGGAAAGCGUUAUCGCCAAUUUGUGAUACGCUACCGAAUCAAUGUAGAGAGGCGAGAGAGGCUAACAAUAGGGUGGUUGGUGGAGUGCCAUUAGCCUCAGAACCCUAACCCUGACUCUAUUUGCCACAGUCGACCUCGACUCCAACAGCGUCAUCGAGUUUGUAUCCUCCACCAGUUCGCAACAAUUAAAAUCCACGGCCAUUUUGUGGCACCAUGGGUCACAGCUUCGGAUGGACCGGGUCGGUCAUUUCCUUGUCUACAAAUUCAACCCUGAGCAAUCUUUGCAGCUUCCCACCAUGAAUAUAGCGACGAGAUCCCACGCUCCACGCCUGUUGCGGCUGCGCCCGAGCGCCCGCCUCCUCUCGCCUCGACAGGGACAACAGCAGCGCGCAUCCUCCUCCGCCGCCGACAGCAAACCCCAAACCGACAACCGGAAUGCCGCCGACGAACCAGACCCCGCCUCCAUGCAGGGAGCAAUGUCGCGCCGCCUCGAGCAGGCGACCGAAGACGCCCUCCUGACCGGCGGCACCGCAGGCCGUCGCGCCGUCGAGGACGCCGGCUUCUCGGACGAGCUCAAGGAGCGGCUGCUCAACAAGAUCGCCGACGCCGAGUUCCGCGCAAAGCACGCGGGCGCCCUACACGAGGCGGGCAUCCCCUCGGCCGCUUCUUCUUCGUCGUCGGCCGUCGCCGCGGGCGGGACCCCCUGGACGGGCGAGGAGGCCCCCGAGGCGGCGGUGCGGCGCAUGCUGGAGGACGCACGCAAGCCGCUGAGCCCGGGCCUGCGCGGCAAGCCCAGGCACCAGGACGUGGUGGUGGACAUGCGGAUGCGGCGCGAGCCGGGGCGGACGGCGGGGCAAAAGUUCGAGGCGGCGCGGGACAAGGCGGCCACGUACGCGGCGACGGCGGGGGCUGCUGCUGCUGCUGCUGCCGCUGCGGGGGCGCGGAGCGAGGAGGAGCGGGAGAAGUUCAGGUCGGAGCUGCAGGAGCGCUUCAGCCCGGGGUUCAGGGCGAUGCCCAACAGCCUGUCGGGGAUGGCGGCGCUGGCCAACGAGCGGAUCGAGAACGCCAUCGCGCGCGGGCAGUUCAAGAACAUACCGCGCGGCAAGGGGGUCGAGUCGCGCGACGGGCGGGCCGACAACCCCUUUAUAGACACGACCGAGUACAUCAUGAACAACAUGAUCAAGCGCCAGGACAUGGUGCCGCCCUGGAUCGAGAAGCAGCAGGAGCUGGCGCGCACGGCGAGGGUGUUUCGGCAGCGGCUGAGGAACGACUGGAGGAGGCACGCCGCCAGGACCAUCGCCAGCCGGGGCGGGAGCCUGGCGGAGCAGAUGGCGCGGGCCGAGGCGUAUGCCAGGGCCGAGAUGGUCAAGAAUCCGCGGCGGAGGAACGUCGAUCAGAUGUCGGUGUCGACGAGCUCCACGGACGAUCCGGUCAUGGUGGCGAUGCGGCAGGCACAAGCCCAGCUGAAGGAGGAGCUCAAAGAGGAGCUCAAGGAUGCUCCCCCGCAGAUGGCGCAGCAGGCUAUCGAUGGCCAGACGGGCGAGCAGGGCUCAGAUGUGAAACCGGAGCCGCUCGUCCUGUUUCGAGACCCAACCUGGGAAGCGACGGAGAAAUCCUACAUGGAGCUCUCGGUGGCCAACCUGAAUGCCAUCACGCGCUCGUACAAUCUGAUGGCGCCCGACCUGGCCAAGAAGCCCUACUUUUCCCUGCAGAGGGAGCUGGAUUCCUGCUUUGCCGACGUUGCGCCGUCGCUGGCAAACACGAUCAAGGAGCGAGCGAGAGACCCGGCGAGGCACGCAGACUCGUCGGGCGCGAUGCCACGGAAGGGGGUGCUGGAUCGGUUGGGAGCCGCGGACUGGACCACUACGAGCAAGAUUUACGAUUCCAAGACGCCCAACUACGGCCUGAAAGAAAUGUGGCGAGACUUUUGGGCGAGGGGCACUUGAGAGCAAUGGACAGAGAAUAGAUGUAAGAGUAUUGCUGGACUUGUAAGAUACUGUAACUACCACGGUGGUUGGAUUUAGACCCCAUCCGGCUUUUGGAAGUCGAGGGUGUGACAUUGAAUGCGCAAUGGUUGAGGCUAAUCUCACUUGCUCAAAUCUCUCGUGCUAGAAAAGCGGUGACUGGAGUAUCAUUAGAACGAGGGGUCAGUCAAGAAUUUCUGCGUUGCUCUUUUGUCAUUGCAACCAUGUUUUUGUGGAAGAGGGAUACAGCUGUGGGACAACCCUCUGUCCAACACUGAGCAAAAUGCAAAUGUCACGCUGUCUUGGAUCUUUUACUCUCUUUUCUAAUGGCGUGUGUCCACGGCAACGCAGUAGCCAACAAUCACAUCGAUACCAAUAUUCUUCCUCGGGUUGCCACUCGCCAACGCACACGCGGACGUUAACUGGACAGAAUGGCAGGCCCAACACUAUGUAUUUCCAGACAAGCCGUCAGCCGCACGGACUUUUUCAACUCCUUUGCCGACACCCCAAAAUCUCACUGCAUUACCUCCAAUACAUUACCGUCCUCGACGCCGCCCUCGACGCCGCCCUCGACGGGACUAACUCGAACCUCGCCAUUUUUUCUCCACCAGCACAUACCGCCAACCUGCACCACAGCAGACGCCACAACCUCCCCCACUCAAGGAAGACGCUGCGGCACAUAGCUCUGAUCGGGCCUGACGACCCUGCCGCCCUCGAGCUGCGCGUCUCUGUAGGCGGGCCAGACGACGAGCCGGCGCUCGCGGUCGACGACGGACAGCGUCGUGAAGCCCUGGUCCUCGCCAAACUGGCCCGACCAGCUGCCCGCGACGGCAAAGUGCCCGCCGCAGCGGACCUCGGCCGCCGACGCCCGCCAGCCCGCCUCGAAGCCGCAGCGCUGCCGGCCGCGCUGCUGCGUCACCACCGUGAACGACCAGCGGCACCUGGCCUCGUCGUCGUGGCCGUGCCUGACGGUGGUGGUGGUGGCGUGGAGCUGCGUCGUGGCGUUUGCGACUGCGGCGCCGCCGUUGGCGUCGAGGGUCUUGUUGAGGCUGAGCUUGGCGCGGGGCCCGUGGGACUCGUCGCUGGCGGUGUAGCCUUUGCGUCUGUCGUCGUCGUGGUAGCCGUCCUUGCCGUCUCUGUGUUGACGGCUGGGUUUCUCGGUGUUUCGGUGCUUGUGCGGGUUGUACCCAUUCCUGUUGCUGCCGUAGUGGCCAUUCUAAGCGGGGAUUUGGCCAUGUUAGGCCGGCUUGUCCAUGCGAGUCUUGUAUUGUGCAUCACAAAAGAGGACUAACCUGGCUCUUUCUGCCCUCGUCGUACCCGUCACGGUCAUCGUCAUGAUAGCCGUUGCGUCCGUGAUCAUAUCCUUUGCCGUGGUCUCUGCCAUGUCUGUGCCCACGGCCCUUCCCACGGCCCUUCUCUCGGUCUUUUCCAUGCUCGUAGUCGUGGUCGUAAUCAUGGUCGUUGCCAUGACGGUCGUCAUCAUGGCGGCGAUGACCGCAAGAACGAGAGAGAUCACGAAUUGUCCACUCCUCCUCCUUGUACAUCAUGGACUUGGAGGCCGUCGCCGGGGCUGCCAGGACCAUGGCCUGCAUGCCCAGACCUAGGAGUGCAAUGAGACGCAUUUUGGGGUAGAGAUUGCUGUUGGCUGAACGAUUUCCUUGCGACAACCAAGACAUGGAAGAGUCCAAAACUUGAGCAAAUAUGGGACAAGACAACUACUCGGAUCGGUGCCAGGAACGCCCUGUUUUAUCCUCGAAUGUCUGCCAAACUCCCCCAUCAAUAGCUUGAUAUCCCCUCACUCGACACGCAAAAUCGUCAGAAUCAGAAUUUGUUCGGCCGGCAAGCCACAAACCUUGACCUGGACCCGUCCAUGGAUCAGAAGAGGACCGAGUAGCGACUGCAAUUUUUAUCACCCUCGACUUGCUUUAUAAGGUUCCUCCAGGGCUGACCCUCUAUUGAUUACUUGGCCGAGAAAACAAAUCGCACUUUCUUUGGUAGUCAAUCUCAAAAGAAAAGGAUUUAUCGGAAACAUGAUGGAUGGUCGGUGAUAUUGUUUCCGUCUUUCUGCUGAAUAUCUGUCAACACAAUGACAGAGCCAUAUUUACCAAGGCGACUUGACGCUUUAGUAGACUAAUGAAUGGUCCGGUCCGUAGGCAAAUAAGCAGGCAGAGUCGAGGGGCCCCUGGGUAGGACAUACAUCUAACCCAUUGCGGCCGGCAAAGGUGCAGACGGGACCUGCCAAGCUGCACCUAGUGAGCCCUAGACACCUUGGCCAGGCAAGGUACGACAGGCGUCCAACUAGAACAAGUCCAGAAACCAGGCGAAUUGUGAGUUUCCAGAUGAGUGAAUCAAAAGCUUGUGCCUGAUAGCCUCGGGUUUAUUGCACUUAGAGUUCGGCCCGGCGCCAUCCCGGCCU